AUGUGGCCGUCCGACGCGGAGCUCCUGGACCCGCGCGAGAGCCACCGUCGACGGGAGGCGUAUGCACGGGCACUGGACCACCAGAUCGCGCUGCGGCGGUCGUACCAUCAGCAGCAGCAACAGGCGAUUGACGAACUCGAGCGCAAGUUCGCACCGAGCGAGCGCUCGCCGUCCAAGUGGCUGGUCGAAGGCGGUCGCUGGGACGUGCCAGCGACUGCAUCGUCGCAGUUGACUGCCGUACCGAGCGAUGGGCUUGAUGGUGAGCAGAAACAGGACCGAGGUGCGGCCACGGGGGAAACAACGAGCGUGGCACGGUCGCACCCGCGGUUCCGAGUCGUCGACAAGCUCGAGGCGAGCGAGCGACUGCGGGGACGUGCGCAGCAGAUGCAGUGGAGAAAGAUCUUGGACGAGCAGGUGCAGGAGAAGAGGAGGCUGAAGCAGGCAGAGGAGGAAGAAACGAGACGCCGUGAGAAGGUCGAGGCAAAGAAGGACGUAUGCUGCUUUCGCGGUCAACAGAAGCAGCAGCAGUGGACCCCCGCGGUGAAUGCAGAGGCACGUGAGGACCGGUCCAAGCUGGAACCUUCAUAUCACGCACUGUCGUCGCUGCACGAGCUUGUGCAAGCGAAACGACAGCUGGCUGACGCACGGUCAAGUACGUACAAGAAGAGAUCGGACAGUGAUGAAAGAGAAAAUGACUAUGUGUUGCUGGAACCUCAUCGAAAUCAGCUGGGUGGAGGUACGGGUGUUGCAGCAAGCCAUUUGCCGUCUCAGAUUCCUUCACAAGUACAGAUGCCGCGAGGGGAUGAAUGGAGUAGUGGGAACAACGACCAGCGCGAUUCGUUUGAUCGUAGCGUAAGCGCCCGGAUGGAUGGAAGGCAGCCAAGUUUCGAUGGUAAUAACAUGCAGAGCUCGUAUCAGCCCGUGGUGCAGCAAAGACGUAUAGUCGAUGAGUAUCGCUCGCUGCUCAUGGAGAUUCGUCGUGAACGCGAAGAACUCCGACGCGAUCGAGAUGACGUGCGUCGGGAAAAAGACGAGCUGCGCGUGCAGCGGGCGCUGUUGCAACUCGAGAACGAAAAAUUGGUUCGGUUGGUGGAUGCGCAAAAGGUGCUCAAUGGGCAACAACAGGCUGAUCAUUAUACGCGAUUGGCGCAGCAAGCUCGACAGCAGAUCCAAGAACGGCAGCAGUCUCAGGAAAGGGCGAACCAGCGCCGGACAUUACCUGUUCAGGACAACAACGCACAUAAGGUUUUCGAGCUUCCGAGUCGCCACGACCAUACUUUCGAAAUGGAGGCACAUUCGCGACUGAGCCACAUUCGCCAGGGUCUUGUCGAUCUAAAUGUGCACGAUGAGCAUUCUCGGUCAGCUGUGCGAGAGCGACGAAUACAGUCACCAAGUCCAAUGUCCAUGGCAGAUUUCGUAGCGCCCACACCUAACAAACGAAUGACCAACGACUUUGUGUACUCGCCAGACUUCCAGCCAUUGUCACAAUACCGCCCACUGUCGGCUGCGACAGCCAAAAGCGACGACGACGUGAUGAACCGGUCUCUAGUUGGCGAAAGCGUUUUCGUUCCACUGAGUCCGAAUUCGUUGAAUCACAUUGACAAUGGACCUGCACUGCAGACUGCUUCUCCUUCGACAUCGGACGUCAGUAGUUGUCGUGACAAUUGUCUUGGGAGCAGCCGUGUGAUUGAAAGUCGAGGCUUUUACGAUAUUCACCAAGAGAUCAAGAGUAAUGGAGAGCCUGGUGCUUCUGUUCAUGUAUCGGCCAGUGGUAGUGGCAUCACCUCGGACGUUGGUAGCAGGCCUGAUGGCGGAGAAAAAAACGCAGAGGACGAGCUCGGACAACUCGACGACAACAGUAUGGGCUCGCACCCAGUCGCUAGCAGUAACCUGGUCCAGGAACAAGAAGUGUAA